CGUGGCAACUGUUGAUUCUUCCUCCAAUCAAGUUGCUAUUUGGCUCUUCUAUGAGGAUUUCAGCCUGAUCCAUUUCCAUCUGUUUCCAGAGAAAUGAAUGAGAGCCUGAACAACUGCAUAUUUGUAAAUGUGACAUCAAUAAUGAAUACCGUACAAUUUUCCAUCUACAUUCCUACAACUAUCAUAGGAUUCAUCCUCAACAUAUUUGCCCUGUGGAUAUUCUGUUUCACCAUGAAAAAGCACACAGAAGCCUCAAUAUACCUUCUGAAUUUGGCGUUACUAGAUUUUUGCCUUGUUGUGUCUCUACCAAUCAGACUCCACUUCUCACAGUACAAUGUCAUUGUAAGUGGCCGGAUGUGCAGUUUUUUAGAGUCUCUCUACUUCACUAAUAUGUAUGGGAGUAUCUACACAAUCAUGUUCAUCAGUGUGGACAGAUAUAUUGCCAUUAAAUUCCCUUUCCUGUCCAAGAUGCUACGCUCACCCAAAAAAACUCUAUGCAUUUGCAUUUUUAUCUGGGUUUUUGUAUGGACGGUGGCUCUCUGCACUUUUAACUUUCAAGACGACUUAAGACAGGGCAGCUGUUUUCAUAAUAUGUCAGACAGUAUUUGGAGUACCCACAUAAUUGUACCUCUAGAGAUUUUCGGAUUUCUGAUCCCUAUGACAGUCAUGCUGUACUGUUCUAUCCAGAUCAUCAUGACUCUGCUGGUUCCGGUAUCAUCAUCAUCUGUGCAAUGUGAAGGAUCAAAGGCUUAUGUCAUACGCAUCAUUAUCUCUAACUUGAUAGUGUUUUUGUUUUCAUUUUUGCUUAGCCAUAUUGGUAUCUUCUUGCAGUUCUUGGUCAGAAAACAUGUCAUUUCAAACUGUUUGAUAAAGAAACAUAUAAGUCUUUUCGUGCAAGUGGCCCUAUGUAUUUCCAACAUUAACUGCUGUCUUGAUGCUAUUACCUACUAUUACGUGGGGAAAGAAUUUCGAAGAAAAUUGGUUAAGAGUCAUUCAAGCGUGACACAAGUUGACAAUACAAUAAUCUGA